CUGCAUCCGAUUAUUCUGCUUUUUACUCUGCUGUCGGCAGGACUCGCUUAAGGAUUAAUAUGGAGAAUUAUGAUUGUCAAAUGGGAAAAAUAUAACAAUAUAUGUAAAUAUAUUGAACAACACUUUGAGUACGGAUAACUUCGCAUAUAACAAAGACAUUAGCUUAAAAACCCAAUUUGUUGGUUAGUGAAAUUAAAGAAAAGUCCCAAUAAUGACAAGCACCAGUAUUUGCAAGAGGAUUUCCUCGGCAACAGCAACAACUGCAACGACCAAAGCGGUCUCAACAUCAUCAUCAUCUCAGGGUUCGUCGGUGAUUUGCGAGGAAGUAUUCGACGAGGCGUGUUUUCCUUCAUCGGAGGAAAUUAACGAAUAUGCCUCUUUAAUUGGAAUCGAGCCUCAGCGCGAACAGCAUUUGCUUUAUCUUGCUAAGGAAGGACUGAUGGCCGCAUUGCCAUCGGAUUGGAAAAUAUGCUACUCUGAGGAGAAAAAUGGCCAUUACUAUUACAAUACGCGUACCAAAGAAUCACAGUGGGAUCAUCCGCUAGAUGCCAUAUAUCGCAAUUUGGUAAAUCAGGCGCGUCAGAAGCAAUUAGAAACUGGUUCGGUUGUAGAAAAUGUGCAAUUCGUUGACACAUCGGAUGAGAUGUCACAAUUGGAUUCCGGAAUAAAAAGCAUGCAGGGCAUAGAUGAUAUUCCCUCUCCGGGCCCAUUGCCUUCCAGCAAUUUGUCACGGAAGUGGUCGAUAGCCAGUAAAGCCAGUUUUUUGACACCAAGUCUAUUAAGCGAUGGUAAAAGUCGAUUUUUGGAUUCAAGAACAAAGGAUUUAGGAAGAUUUUAUCAUCUUGGCUUUGAGGUAACCAAAUCGAAACCUCAAAUUGCGACUAAACCUACUAUAAAUGGAAAAUCGGAAAGUUUCGAGGGGAACGAAGAGCUUGGAAAACUUACUGCGACAGUUUCGAUGUUUCAAAAGGCACGUCGACAGUUGGAGAGCGAUGGAUAUACAUCACCAUCCGGUGUUAAGGGUAUUCUACGUGAUUCUAGUAUAACCGAUAUAAGCCGAAGAUUGGAUCGACUUGAACCAACGGUUGAGGUGGAGGAUAAGAAGAGUGUGCGUUUUAAUCUGGAUCAAGCGGAGCGAAUGAAGGAUCCCUCAGAGGAAACAUUAUCGACAAAGAUGACAAAAUCUUAUAAGCAGAACUUGGAGGAUGAUCACAACGAUGUUCAGGUGGUUGUGGAAGAUCAUAAUGAUGAUGAUGGUGAUGAUGGUAACGGUGAUGAGGAAGCUAGUAAAGAUGAGGCUGCCGACCUUUGGCACAAGCAAAAUGUGGACAUGUACAAUCGAAAUCCCUUCUUAUUGGAUUCAAAUAAAAGCAUGGAGAAAUCACCCGAGCAUAUGAAAACAACUGGAACUGGAGAAGCAUCAGAGGAUAAAUCGAAGGAAACUGACACACCAAAAUUGUUUUACGAUGACACAGAUUCCGAUUCUAAGGGAAGUUCUGUGCGCAGCUUUAUCGUAAACAAGUCCGAACAAGACUCAUCCAUUUUGGCCGGAAACAAUGCCUUCGAUCUAGAGGAAUUAAGUGGAAAGCAUAGCUUUGAGCUAGAUCCAUUACAACUUAAAUCGGUUCAGAUAGAUACCGACAAAUCGGUUGUCAGUAAUUCUACCCAUUUGCCAAUAUUUUCUGAUACUACCGCUAGUGAAGUUCAGCUACAGAACGACUUUGAAACUAUCAGACAUGAUUAUGAGGCGAAACUAAAGAGAUUUCGACACGAAUACGAUUUACGUCUUACGUCCCAUCAGCACAAAUUAGAGGAAGCCUUUGAGCUACAAAUCGAAAAAUAUCGGGUACAGUUAGAGCGACAAUUGCAAAACAAGCGUAGUCUUGUGGUUAGCGAACAUAAGACUCGCAUCGAAACCCUUCAAAGUAAUCACGAGGAGAUUCUCCGUGAUCUCGAAAGGGAAUUACACAACGAGGAGGAGAUUUUGCGCCGUGAACAGGCCUCUAGACUUUCCCAAUUACGCGACAAGUUUGCCCGUGAGUUGGAUUCGGAAAAGCUGCGAUUUCGGGAGAAGGGCGAGGAAAGACUCUACGAGAAGGUCCGAUGCGAAAAGCGUUUACUCGAAGACAAAUAUCGUUGCCUUAAGGAAAAAUACGUUCGGCUCAAGACGGAUGUGAAGCUUUCUCUAGAGCGACGUAAUCGUCGACGAGAGGCACAAAUGGUGCCACAACAUAAUCAUACGAAUAGCACUAAAUCUACAAGCGGUACUGAAAUGGAGCGUUCUAUGGAGCGAUACUAUAAAACACAGUCUGGAAAUAGUGAUAAUCGUUCACUAAGUUACUCGGAUCAGGCGAUUGCAGGUGAUGCGACUGUUAAGCCCCCAGUUCCACAUAAAAGUCAACUGACCAAAACGUACAACAUUCGGCAGUUGCAAUUGCAGGAUGAUAACACAUCUAUGAGUCAAUCGGAUACAACCCUAUCGAAUACCUAUAAUAAUGGUCGUUAUGGGCCGUUUCUAAAGUCUGCUAGUGGCGUACUUUCAGCCAGAACGGUGAGUGAUAAUGGUAACUCAUCGAGGGAUAUAGUGGGUGCCGUAGCAAUACAAUCAAAUCUAGAGAAGAACAACAAUAGUAACCAAAUCAAAGAAACAACUGGCAUAAGUAGGAUCUUCUUUUCGCGUACCAAGUCGGCAUCGACUUCGCGUUUGAAUUCCGAUACAAGCUAUAAGGGCGAACGACCGUGUACUCCAGUAGAGAACUUACGACAUCAACUCCAAAAACUCGAAGCUCUCGAGGAUCAGUUUCCCGAAAAUACCUCGGAUGCUCCCUAUCAUUUGCGAUAUCCAUUCACCGAUAUCUCAGUAAAACCAAAUGGCGUUGGUUCGGAACUGGAAUUUUUCAAGCAUAGAAUACAUCUUGAACGUGAUUCGGUGCGUCGGGCAAAGGAAUCAUUAAGGACGCAGCGCACAAAUUUCCGGCUACGGCAACGAGAAAUUAGCCAACAACGGAAAAUAACUACAUUAUCCCCAAAGCUUUCUAUUGAUCAGUUAAUUCAAGAGGAAAAAGAACUAACCGAGAUGGAGGUAAAUCUACACCGAACUCGUUCCUUACUCGGAGAAAAGAUAAUACGUCUUAGACAUCUGGAGCAGAGUCUAUUGCGAAUCUAUGAAAAGGAAAAGUCAAUCCUGGAUUUGGGAACUAUUGACGAUGCGGCAACACUUAGCGAUCUCUCGUCUCACUCAAGUUCGGGCUUUAGUAGCACUGAAUUGGCCAGUGCAGCUGAUUUCCACAAAAAGAAGGAUUAUUAUCAGCAGGAGUCGAACGAGUGUAUUGAAAAUUUGGAAAUACUUAAUGCAGAAAUUCGUGAAAUUUUAGAUAUUUUUGGGCAAAAGCAAUACCAACAGCAACAGCAUGAGCAAUCAGCCUCAGCUAUUCCGGCACUAUCACCUCGUGAUAUUGGAUGGUCGCAGGUGCUCAAGCAUCAGCAAUCGACUACUCAAAACUUUUCCCUAUCUGAUGAUAUUGAGGGUGGCGGAGCAGUACAUAUUCCGCAUUCUAUACCCACUCUUGCAGAUAGAUUGGAGACUUAUCGUCAACUGGCUGCCGGCCGGAUGCAGAGUUCAAUGGGUGCGGCUAUACUUACGGCUAAUACUAUUGUUUCCCAGAGUCCAAGGGCCGUUAACUAUACUACUUGUUUAGUGGAACGAACUCGCGAUUUACGUAAUUGGCUUCGACAGGCGAAAACUGAGCAUGAAUUCAUGGUCCAGCAUGGUAUAUCAUCGGGACAAGGAUCCGUGGUUGGAGAGGUUAGUGCUUCAAUAACCGGCCAUUGUGCAUCCAGUGGCAGUGGAUCUAUUAUCAAUGCGACUACUGCAGGAAGCUCUAUGCGUGGCAAAAAUGAUAUUUAAAUCAAUGAAAUGGGUAGUGCAUAUUUUAAUUACAAAUAUUAAUAGUUACUAUUUGUGAUCUUUUGUUUGUCUGAGAAUUUCAUUAAAAAUAGGAAAAUA